AUGGGAGCUUUUACAGAGACUUUUCUAACAUACAUACAUAUUUAUACAAAGAUGGCAAUUUUUGCAGCAUCCUCCAUUAACAGUGUUGCCGUCAUUUGGGGUUAUUCCGCUGGGGGUACAGUAUCCAACAUGGAUGAUG